AUGACGCCUUUGAAGCUAUUUUCUGCACCUCUAUAUCAUCAGUAUUACAACCCUCCUAGGUCAAAAUCACCGAUUAUUGGAUCGAUUGUGAUUUGUCUUUUUAGGGUUUUUCCAGAAGAGACCGGAGAUCCUAUAUUAUCAGAAAGAUCGGAGCUUUUUGAUGAUGAUAAAUCGAACCUAUCCACACUCAUUCUGCUAUCUACUGAAUCACAGUUGAGUGAUGAUACUAAAUUCUUGUUGUAUGGAUUACUUUCCAAUUCAAAGUGGUUUUCAGAUAUAGUGGUGCUUGAGAUUGUAGAAGCACAAUCUUUUGGGGUAAGUUUGUUCGAAUCUAUUAAGGCUAAGAAACCUACUUGGAAGAUUGGUUCUUUGUUAUCUCUUAAGAAGCUAGUGAAAAGCUUACCUAAAGUCCAGAUUGUUAAUGACAUGGAUCUUAUUGAUGAGGACAACUUGUUAUCUGAAGAGGACUUGAAGAAACCUCAGCUCCCACCUGUUGGUGAUUGUGAAGUUGGAAGCCCAAGAAAAGCUUGCAAAAAUUGCUCAUGUGGAUGUGCUAAAGAAGAGGAGAAAGUGCAAAAGCUGGGAGUGACUAUGGACCAGUUGGAGAACCCCAAGUCAGCCUAUGGCAGUGUAAGUCAACUCCCUCUUGUUUAUUGCAUAUUUGCAUUACCACUUAUUUAAAUGUAUUAUAUUUGUUUAUGCUUAUACUCACAGAAGCUGAAGCUGAAGCUAGUGCUUAUAUUUUGUUAUUCAGAAUAUUUAAUAGUAAUAGUCCCCUUAAGGAGCAAGAGUAAAGAUGACAUAGUUAUAGCCCAUG